AUGAAGUUCUCGCAUGCCAUAGCAGGCUUUGCUGCCACGGCCCAGGCUUUCACACCGGCGUCCAAUAUCUUUGGCGACAACGAUAACGCCGAUACAAAUGCUCCUCAUAAGAUCCCAACGGUCCACGAGUCCGUUGUCAUGGCACGCCGCAUCCUUGCUCUUACCAAGCUUGCGACACUCUCUACCGUCUUCCCAUCCGGACGAUCUAAUAUAGAACUCGAGUCCGACAGUAAUGGACUUGAGGGCGUUCCUAUCGGAAUGAUGGAUUAUGUGGCGGACUGUGAGGAUGAAGGUAACCCUACCAUUCUCGAGAUCAAGAUCGCAACCACGUUUAGAAACGUUCGGGCUGGAUCAAACCUUACCCUCUCCAUGAACUGGGUCCCACCCUAUCCGCCCACUAAGCGUAUCUCCCUUCUAUCACGACUCUCAGCAUAUAUCCCCUUCCUCUCCAGUCAUGGUUACAACAGCCGUUUGGAGGAGUCGCUCUCCGUGCCGGACACUGUCCCUUACUCUGCGGCCAACUUGCCACGUUUUGCCCUCUUUGGGUAUCUUGAGCCCAUCGAGACCACACCGGUAUCAGCACUGAAACUUGCGGCAUGCUUCACACGCAAGCACCAGGACGCCAAGUACUGGCUGCCUGGCAAUGUGAUCCACGAGAGCGCUUGGGCGCGUCUGGUCGUAACCAAGAUCUACUGGGUUGGCGGCUUUGGCGACCGCGCCCGAAUCGGCUGGCUGCCCGUUGAUGAGUGGAAGAGCGUUACCAGAGAUGAAUGGGAGAGCAUCAAGCUUCCCGGCGAGGAGAGAGGUUGGAGUGAGUGGUCAGUUAAUACUGCAGAGCUGUAG